GAUCGCUGUGCCGCUCUGUGCAAUUCUGUGAUAACCAACCCCUACACCUACAAAACACCUGCACAUUGCCGGGAUAAAAAGGGCCUAGGUGUAUUUGGGUGUGACAUGGGCGCGACUGUUGGUUCAUGAGCUCGGAUCGCUUAAAACGUCUCUCUGGAGCAACUGAGAAAGAAGUCCAGGUCCAUCGCGGCUGCAAAAUGCCGUAAAGUCAAGUUCUCGGAAUGGUCAGAAAAUGACAGAAGAAUAUCAGCGAUUGAAAGUGCGGGUGAAGAUGAAGCCGAGGAGGUGGAGGGGGCGCUAGACGGCUCUAUGGACGUGGACGUAGAAGGAGGGCGCGGGGGCGCCUGUCUAGGGGUGCCGGGAGACACAGCAGGGCGCCCCCUCAACAUGCACCGCCCCUCCACCUGCCUGGCCACCGAGAAGCCUAAACCCCUCGCCAAGAAUGUGAAGAGGCACAGCAUCCACGGAAUGAUGGAGGAGGAGAACGUUGUCCGGCCUCACCAGGAGAUGAAGCAGCUCUCCCUCGACGAGAAGAAGUUCCUGUUGGCGGUCGAGAGAGGAGAUGUGGCGUCGACCAGGCGAAUGAUGCAGCGAGCACAAGAGACGGAGUACAUCAACAUCAACUGUGUGGACCCUCUCGGCCGCUCGGCUCUCUUGAUGGCCAUCGACAACGAGAACUUGGAGAUGGUGGAGUUGCUGAUAGAGUACAAGGUAGACACCAAGGACGCUCUGCUACACGCCAUCUCUGAGGAGUUUGUGGAGGCUGUUGAGGUGCUGCUAGACCACGAGGAGACUCUACACAAGCCAGGAGAACCUCACAGUUGGGAAGCGUUGCCGCCGGACACAGCUACGUUCACUCCAGAUAUCACUCCUCUCAUCCUAGCGGCUCACAGAGACAACUACGAGAUCAUCAAGAUCUUGCUGGACCGAGGGGCAACGCUGCCGAUGCCACAUGACGUCCGAUGUGGCUGUGAUGAGUGUGUUACGUCUCGCCUAGAGGACUCUCUACGUCACUCACGGUCUCGCAUCAACGCGUACAGAGCUCUGGCCAGCCCCUCACUCAUCGCUCUGUCUUCCAAAGAUCCAAUUCUUACUGCCUUCGAACUCUCCUGGGAACUUCGCAGACUGAGUUUCAUGGAACACGAAUUCAAACUUGAAUACCAGGAACUUAGAAAACAAUGCCAAGAUUUCGCCACGGCUCUAUUGGAUCACACAAGAAGUUCCUAUGAACUUGAGGUGCUUCUGAACCAUGACCCCACGGGGCCGGCUUUUGAACACGGGGAACGCAUGCAUCUGAACCGUCUCAAGCUCGCCAUCAAACUCCGCCAAAAGAAGUUUGUAGCUCACCCCAACGUUCAACAGCUCUUGGCCUCCAUUUGGUACGAGGGGUUGCCUGGCUUUCGUAGAAAAAACAUGGUGCUACAAGCUCUAGAGAUCGUCCGUAUCGGGAUGAUGUUUCCCAUUUUCUCCUUCAUGUAUAUAAUCGCUCCACACAGCUCUGCUGGUCAGACACUGCGGAAACCUUUCAUCAAAUUCAUUUGUCACUCGGCUUCCUAUUUUACAUUCCUUUUUUUACUAAUCCUGGCAUCUCAAAGGAUAGAGUCGCUGCUUGGGUCGGUGGCUGCUAUAUGGAGUGAUGAUCCAGACUAUAAGUAUGAUGAAGAUGAACCAACCAAGAGAGGCGCUCCACCGUCCUUAGUGGAGAUGAUGAUUCUAGGUUGGGUUAGUGGACUGAUAUGGAGUGAAGUAAAGCAGCUUUGGGACGUUGGCUUGGAGGAGUACGCUGCAGACAUGUGGAAUGUCAUCGACUUUAUCACAAACUCACUCUACGUGGCUACAGUGGCACUACGACUUGUAGCAUGGUACAAGGUAAAGCAAGAGAUGGAAUUUUACAAUUUGGCUGGAGACAGUCCCAGAGAGGAAUGGGAUACAUGGGAUCCCAUGUUGAUAUCCGAGGGGCUGUUUUCUGCUGCAAACAUAUUCAGUUCUCUAAAGUUGGUGUACAUUUUCUCCGUCAACCCUUACCUCGGACCUCUGCAAGUCUCCCUCAGUCGAAUGGUGCUGGACAUCAUGAAGUUUUUCUUCCUCUAUGUCCUCGUUCUUUUUGCCUUUUCUUGUGGUAUGAACCAGUUACUGUGGUACUAUGCUGACAUGGAAAAACAACGAUGUUUGUCUACCAUCAACCCAGCCCCAAUAGCUCCGGGAGGGAAUAAGACUGCUACAGACCCUGAUGCCUGCCUCGUCUGGAGACGGUUCGCAAAUUUAUUCGAGACGUCCCAGACGUUAUUUUGGGCAGCGUUUGGGCUCGUGGACCUUGACAACUUUGAGUUGGCUGGUAUUAAGAGCUUCACAAGGUUCUGGGGAAUGCUCAUGUUUGGCUGCUACUCGGUCAUAAACAUCGUUGUGUUGCUCAACUUGCUGAUUGCGAUGAUGAAUCACUCAUAUCAGCUCAUUUCUGAGAGGGCAGACAUAGAGUGGAAGUUUGCUCGCAGCAAGUUGUGGAUCAGUUACUUUGAGGAGGGGGGAACAGUUCCUCCCCCCUUCAAUGUAAUACCCACCCCCAAGUCUGUGUGGUACUUCCUGCUGUGGCUACAACGCAAGAUCUGCGGCCACUCCCGCGCGGCCAAGAAGGAACACAUGCGAACAAUCAGGCGGAAGGUGAAACAAGCGAGUGAGAGGGACUUUCGAUACCAGAGCAUAAUGCGCAACCUCGUGAGGCGGUACGUUACCGUUGAACAACGUAAAGGAGAAAACGAAGGGGUCACUGAAGACGAUGUUAACGAGAUAAAACAGGAUAUCUCAGCAUUUAGAUGCGAACUCAUAGAAAUACUCAAAAAUUCCGGGAUGAACACUUCAACUGCAACUGGUCCUAACACAGGCACCGGAGGUAAAAAGAAUAGGCAGAAGGAGAGACGGUUGAUGAAAGGGUUCAACAUAGCUCCGCCCCCCGCCAGUAACAGCACCAGCUCGCUGCCCCCCGUAGCGGAGCUCAUAGCCAGUCUACAGCUAGGUGAGCACUCGUCCAGUCACGAGCUGUUCGGGUCAACACUGUCCGGGUUGCUCGGGUCUACACCCGGAUUGACUAUGCGAAGGACGUACACGACACCCAAGGACCCGCACAACCACUCCCUCUCCCGUCUUGUCUUCAAACGCAACUCCUCCCGGAAACGUAAGUGGGACAGCCUCAUCGAGGCGACAAGGUUCGGAAAAGUGGGUAAACUGAUAAACCGCAGCCGCUCCGAAGAUUCAGUGUGCAACGGUAAAAACGGAGACGGCAGAAACUCACAGAGUCCGCUUUCUGACGAGAACAACAUGACAGACACCGAUUCGAAUCCGAGCUUAAUCGAGAAAGACCCUAAUGUUAGUUUAUCGAUUUUGAAACACAAACGGAAAAUUUUUUCUGCUUCUCGAAACCCUCCUGGAGAAGGGGGGUCAAGUUUGGACUCUAAGGAUAAUAAAGUGUUUAAGAAACAGUUGAAAAGAGCAAGUAGUGUUCCGACGAGAGUGGUGGAACAGGUGUUGCCUGCAAAACACGAACAAGUGCAAUCACAACAGCAAAGUGUGGAUAUACAGCAGCAGGGGAUGCUCACACCAUCGACUACGGAGGAAAGUGUGACUCCCGGUGCUGCGGGGAAUGACACCAACGGAUCCAGCACGGACUUCAAGAACAGGAACGGACUUGUCACAGUGCUGCCGAACCUAGGCAUUCAACCUGUCAGUGGCCAUAACGUCUCUGCAGGGUGGUUAUAGACAUGUAUCUUAGGUCAACAAAUUUUAAGGUUUUAUAUGAUCGUCUUUAACUAUGGUUAAAUUUUACUGCUUUGACUAAGGAUAGUCUAGAACUAGACAUUACAUACACAUGGUAAGUUGUAACUAGUUUUGGAAUGAAAAUGAACAUAAUUAUAUUGAGCUUAGAAUGUGUGGGGGUUGAUUAAUAAUUUUUGGACUCAACCUUUUAACCAUGCUUAACUGAAAGGACAACUUGUUUGUUUUUGUUAUGAAUAACUAUAGCAUUUUUUAUGUUGUAUCAUCUAUCACAAUAACAAAGACUAUGUCAGAAAUUAGCAUCUUAGACAGUAGCACUCUAGUGGCUAAUACAACUAUGUUCCUUUUGAACGAAAAUAGCUACAACAGGUCCAUAUAGAUGGGAUGUGUACUUCAGUAUCCAAC